GGAUUAUGUGGAAACUACCCUGCGAUUCCUUGCUGCCAGAGCAGGCUCGGCGCUUCCACCCCAGUGCAGCCUUCCCCUGGCGGUGGUGAAAGAGACUCAGGAGUAGCUGCUUCCAAAGUGCCCGCCGUGAGUGAGUUCUCGCCCCAGUCAGCCAAAUGCUCCUCUUCGGGCUUCUCCUGCUGACAUCUGCCCUGGCCGGCCAGAGACACGGGACUCAGGCUGAGUCCAACCUGAGUAGUAAAUUCCAGUACUCCAGCAACAAGGAACAGAACGGAGUACAAGAUCCCCAGCAUGAGAGAAUUAUUACUGUGUCUACUAAUGGAAGUAUUCACAGCCCGAGGUUUCCUCAUACUUAUCCAAGAAAUAUGGUCUUGGUAUGGAGAUUAGUAGCAGUAGAAGAAAAUGUUUGGAUACAGCUUACAUUUGAUGAGAGAUUUGGGCUUGAAGACCCAGAAGAUGACAUAUGCAAGUAUGAUUUUGUAGAGGUUGAAGAACCUAGUGAUGGAACUAUAUUAGGACGCUGGUGUGGUUCUGGUACAGUGCCAGGAAAACAGAUUUCUAAAGGAAAUCAAAUCAGGAUAAGAUUUGUAUCUGAUGAAUAUUUUCCUUCUGAACCGGGGUUCUGCAUCCACUACAACAUUGUCAUGCCACAAUUCACAGAGGCCGUGAGCCCUUCAGUGUUACCCCCUUCAGCUUUGCCUCUGGAUCUGCUUAAUAACGCAGUCACCGCCUUUAGUACCUUGGAAGAUCUUAUUCGGUAUCUUGAACCAGAUAGAUGGCAAUUGGACUUGGAAGAUCUAUACAGGCCAACUUGGCAACUUCUUGGCAAAGCUUUUGUUUUUGGAAGAAAAUCCAGAGUGGUGGAUCUGAACCUUCUAAAAGAGGAGGUUGUCUCCUGGUUAAACGCUGUGGUGGAAACUGUGCCUGCUGUCUCCACAACUGCAAUGAGUGUCAGUGCGUCCCGAGUAAAGUCACUAAAAAAUACCAUGAGUUUUCAGUUUGAAGACUAUUCCACCUCAUGGAGAAGACAGAAGCAAAGACAGAGCUUAGAUACCCUAAUUCUUCUCUCUUCCACCUCUGUUAUACUAGUUUCCUUAACUAAUAAGCUGAAUUAUGUUCCUUGUGUUACUACAAAUAUAACAAUUAUUCCCCAUUUGGGUUCCUUUACCACUUUUGGUGUUUUUUUUUUUCAACCAUUGUUUCAAAAAUAAGUUUAGAAAAUUAAAAGGCGUGUAAUACAUAAGAUGAUAGUAUUGUUACAUAGCGUAAUUUUUAAUUGUUUUAAUGUUUAUUUAUUUUUGAGAGAGAGAGAGAGAGGCAGAGUGCAAGCAGGGGAGAGGCAGAGAGAGGGAUACACAGAAUCUGAAGCAGGCUCCAGGCUCCGAGCUGUCAGCACAGAGCCCAAUGCGGGGCUCGAACUCGUGAACCAUGAGAUGGUGACCUGAGCCAAAGUCUGACACCCGAUGGACUGAGCCACCCAGGCGCCCCAAUAUUACAGCAUAAUCCUCUUAUUAAAAAGAUUCUUACUACUUUUUACAUCAAGUACCAGAUACUAUUUAUCGGAAGCCAGUUUUGCCCCCCUCAAAAUUCCCUUAAAGAUUUUUCUAUCUCACAAAAGGAUUUUUCAGAAAACAAGACAGGAACUUUACAUAUAUAUGAGCUCAGAUGUUACGUCCUCCUCAAAAUACAUCCGAGUUUCCUGCCGGUCCUAGCGUAACUAGCCCAUCUUCUGUGCAUGUGUAGAACUUUAAAGACAUGUUUAUUAGAGAUUAUUUUUUUGCUAUGUCAUUCAGAAUUAUUGUUUAUUUUUAUUUGUUUUUACCGAAUUGAGAACCAAAAAGAACAAAGAUAACAUUACAUUGCAGUACUGAAGAAAACCAUCUGUGAAGCCAAAGCUUGAAGCUGACAUUUGUUAGCUGUGUGACUUGGCGCAAAUUGCUUCUACUCUCUUGCACCUCAGGUUCCUCAUGUGUGAAGUGAAUAUCUAACGCUCAUACCUUACUGUGAGGAUUAAAGGAGCUGACACAACACUUAGAACCGGGUCUGGCAUAUUUCAAGCCCUGAAUAUAUAUUAGCUAUUCUCCCACUCAUCUUUAUUCCCCACCCUCUCUGCUUCACCUUAUUCUUUGCUUAUGGCAAACGAUCAAUAAAAAUUUAAUGAAUUUUGCCCCAAGAUGGGUAGAGUAUUCUUUUCCAGGCAAAAAGAUCUUUGGGAUAUUUUAUUUAUUUAUUUAUUUAUUUAUUUAUUUAUUUAUUUGGUAUGGUCUUGCUUUUCUUGCAUAGAUCUGUUCUGGAUAAAAAGCAUAUAAUUCAACUGCCUUUUUUUUUUUUUUUGUAGUGAAUACCACCCCCCAUUGUUCCAUGGCACCCAAAAUUUAACGGCACUUUGUUUGCACAGUGUGGGCAGUGGUACAUGAUCAUCUAUUUCCUGAUGGUUCUUUUUGUACCUGAUCUAAUCUCUUCCAUAUUCUCGGAUUUUAGUUUUUCCCUGGAUUUUUUUUUUUCCGUUGGUUUGUAAUUUUAGUUUGAACCUCUCUCUCAAAAUUGUUUGAGACAUGCCUCUGUCUUGCUGUCUUCUUUAAUAUUAUCUGGGACCUGUUGGUCAUUUUCCAACCUAUCGUUCUCCUCCAAAGUCAAAACUUCAUAAAGAAAUGAAGGAGAGCACUAAUUAAGUCCCCUCCCAUGUAUUUUUAAUUUCUUAUCUAAGACUUUGCAUCACUACAACAUUAUAAGAUUCUUCUGCUAUUUGUAAAUCUCCACAAAUAUCAGUAGAUGAAGAUGGGGGUGGGGAGGUGCUAUUAUUCGGUUACUGCACCUCGACAUAAGCACUCCUGGAGGAAAGAACGAUUGUAAGAUUGUAGCCUGGCAUGGCUGCCUGUUACGGCUGUAUAUGGUAGCUUCUCUAACUCUUACCUUUUAUAGUAAUUUUUUCCCCCUGCUAACUGGGAAAAUGUAUACAAGUGGAGUUAGGAAUUAAAGACAUUGGCUAUGCCAAUAUUGCAGUUUAUCUACCCACUCAACCUCAUUCCAGAAGGAAUUUUUAACAAAAGUUGGGUAAGUUACAGCACCAGUAUCUUAACAGUUUUGAUGCCACUUUAAGUACAAAAACAGUAACUCAGUAUUGACACAUAUAAUAUUUGACAGUCAUUGGGUUAAGCUUCAUGUUAAAAUCAUAUAUCCUUAGUAAUUUUUAUCUUGGAAUUGUGAAUUUAAUAGAAAAAUCUGCUUUAAAAGUUCCCUAUUUCUCAUAGUUAUUACAAGACUUUGCUGUUUAGCUCUCUAGGAAGAACGUUAUUAAAUCAGCAGAAUGUAUGACUAACAAUAUAUUCUAAGUCUUUAUAAAAUUAUUAUCUAUCAGUCUGACUUUAAUAAUUCAUCUUUGGCCAAAGUACAAAUACUGGUUAUGUCCCUGUUCUCUCUAACGCUUCUGGUCACUCAUGUGUAAAAUAAGGGUAGCAAUUGUAAAUUACUUCAUAGAAUUCUUGUGAGUUAAAGUAUGUAAAAACAUUAUUACAGUGCCUGGCACCCAGUAAGCAUUCAAAAAAUGUUAGCUGAUUAACCUUUGAUAUGACCACAUACUCCAAAUGAGGUAUACAUUCUCUACUUUUCUCUUUUAAAUCUUCAAAUAAAACGGUCAUAAGACUCGACUUGUGCCUCUUUGGAUUAACGUACAUUUCCCGGAAGAGUAUCUUUUAGAAGUUGCUCUAUGAAGUUAUCACUGUCCUACCCAGAGAACAGAGAAACUAGACAACUUCGUAUUAUUAUGUCCUCUGGUCUUUGUUCAUAAUCCAAACAAACACAAUUCCUUGAAACUUUAUUGUUUCUAUUAUAAGAAAUGAAAAUACACACCGAGUAGGUAGUUCUUAUCAAAUACUUCAGAUAAUCUUUUACAGAACACAUAGCUGUGCCUUCCUGUCACAGUGUUAAAAGGAAAUAUCUUGAGUAUCAGUGUCUGUUUUGCCAUAUUUUUAUUAAAAGGCCAAACUGCGCAUUAAGUUCAUUUAAUAGAGGCAUCAUUGUUAUUAUCGCCAAGCCUCCGUUUACUGCACAGUGGGUCCAGCUGCGGAAAGUUAGCUGUGACGGAGGCUGAUGUCUAUGAAGUACAUCUAAUCCAUCUCAUCAAGUUUAUAGAGGACUUGAAGCGUAGCCAAGAAAAUUAAUGAGUGGCAUAAUUGAGCAGACUCAGCUGUAGAGUGAUCGUGUUUCCUUUCACAGGAUCGCAGUACUUGUAUUGCUUCAAGUAUAAAUUUUUGUUAAAUGUGUGAAAAAAAUGAAUGAGUGAAAGAAACCGACAAACAGAAAGACGGCUGGGCAGUAGUGGUUUCAAACUACUUAAUCAAGGUGAAAUUCUCUGUAAUAUUGUCCGAGGAGUGAAACGGAGUGCACAGUAGGUCUUUCAAUGUCAGGACCGUUCCGUAUUCGGAGGCGGCAUCCUUCCAAGUGGCUGCUAUUAAAACCUCCUUUCUUUCACGAAAAGAUGAUGAUCGUUUGUGAUUUCUUUGAAGGGUGGGGGUAGGUGUUCACGAUGCCUUCAUCAGAAAAAAAAAUAAAAAUUUGUAAGUCUUUGUUGGGCCCCGAGAUUCUUUUCUGAAAUUUUACUUGUCCAUGAAAUCAAACGUUACAGACAUUG